UGAAAAAUAUGAGGAAAAUCACAGACCCCAGAUGCAUAAAGGUGUCGUUGUCAAAAUUAACGCUAAUCAGAGGUAUGCUACUACAGCCGCAACAUCUCUUAUAUUACGCGAAGCUGCAAAGAAAUACAAAGUUCCAUUGCAAGAAUUUUGUGUUCGAGCUGAUAGUCCUUGUGGGUCCACUAUUGGCCCAAUGAUAAGUGCAAAUUUAGGAUUGCGUACCGUUGAUGUUGGGAAUCCUCAAUUGAGUAUGCAUUCAAUUCGUGAAACAGCAGGUACCGACGAUGUCGCACAUGCUAUUAAAUUGUUUCAGGGAUUCUUUGAAGAAUUUCCAAAAAUUGAUUCAUAUGUA